UGUGGGCGGUGGGGCGGGCGGGUCGCUGGAGAGCUGCGGGCAGUGCGGGAAUUUCGGACGGUGCGGAAGGAGCGGCUGGGCCUGGGGCAGGACGAGGAGGAUCCCUGCGUGGCCAACGCACUAAAUACUGCCAUGGCUGCAAAGCAUUUCUGAGCUUUGCUGUUCAGUAAGCAUACAUACAUCACUGAAUUCCUCCAUGUAGAAAAAAUGGCACCCACUGUCAUUCACUGCUGUUUGCUGAACGUUUCUGCAAACCAAAUAGCAGGAGCGCUUGCGUAGACUUGUGGAUGCUGCCCAUUGAAAGCGAUCAGCGUUUGGCACCUCUGGCCUACCGAUAGUUUGACCAACUUCAAAGAUGCCAUAUAUUAAGAAGACAGCUGGAAAAAAGGCCCCCACGAAAAGGAAACUUGCUGAAGUGUUUGCUUCGGGGGAGGUUCUAACAGACACAUCAAGAAAAGAAUGGAAAUUAGGUGUUCCUAUAGGGCAAGGAGGCUUUGGGCGCCUAUAUCUUGCUGAUGUUAAUUCUUCCAAGUUGGUUGGCAGUGAUGCACCUUACGUUGUGAAAGUGGAACCCAGCCAGAAUGGACCUCUUUUUACUGAGUUAAAGUUCUACAUGCGAGCUGCUAAGCCAGAUGAAAUUCAGAAGUGGACUAAGUCCCAUAAACUGAAAUAUUUAGGUGUACCGAGAUAUUGGGGUUCUGGCUUGCAUGAAAAAAGUGGAAACAGCUAUCGAUUUAUGAUAAUGGAUCGUUUUGGCAGAGAUCUUCAGAAGGUGUAUGAAGAGAAUGCAAAGCGAUUUGCUCAUAAAACUGUACUUCAAUUAGGCUUGAGAAUACUUGAUAUCCUGGAAUACAUCCAUGAGCAUGAAUAUGUGCAUGGAGACAUCAAGGCCUCAAAUCUUCUUCAGAGUUACAAGAACCCUAAUCAGGUGUAUUUGGUGGAUUAUGGACUUGCCUACCGAUACUGUCCUGAAGGAGUUCACAAAGCAUACAAGGAAGAUCCGAAACGGUGUCAUGAUGGAACUAUUGAGUACACCAGUAUAGAUGCACACAAGGGCGUUGCACCAUCGAGACGAGGGGAUCUGGAGAUCUUAGGUUACUGUAUGGUUCAUUGGCUUAGUGGCCAUCUGCCGUGGGAGGAUAAUCUUAAAGAUCCAAAUUUUGUCAGAGACUCAAAGAUCAGAUGUAGAGAUAACAUUUCAGAGUUGAUGGACAAAUGCUUUCCUGAGAAAAAUAAACCAGAUGAAAUAAGGAAGUAUAUGGAAAAGGUGAAGCAACUGAGCUAUGAAGAGAAACCUGUGUAUUCACAUUUCCGAGAAAUACUUCUGCAAGGUCUCAAGUCCAUUGGACAAAAAGAUGAUGGAGUGCUUGACUUUGGCUUGUCAGAAAAUGGAGACGUGCAAACGAACCCUGUUCAAAAGAAAAAAAGAAAGGCAGCAGCUGUAGCCAAUGAGAGCAGUGAAGCAGAAAUGGAAGAUGCAGGAAGUCCAGAAAAAAAGAAGCCUGCUUCUUCCAGAGCGGUAGCUACCAGAACAAGAAAAAUGACGUCACCGAAGCCCAAGAAAAGUGCAGCAACCAGGAAGAGGGUUCAGAAGUAAAUAAUGAAUGGAGCAACAACUUAAGUUGCUCUUCAGCUCAUCUCUGUUAUUUUUUUUAUCAGUUACUGUAGCACUGGAAUCUAUUUCAUUCCCUUUUUUUACAUAAUAAUUCCUGUAAAAAAAACUUGGACUGCUGUUUGUACCUGGUUUUUUUUGUUGUUUUUUUUUUGAAGAAUAAACGUCUCAGUAAAAUGUUUGCAUAAGUUACGUCUGCUGUAGGACCAACGCAACAUUUACCAACUUUGAAGUGAGGAUGCGUUUUUAUUUUUUUAAGAUAAAUUUAUGUAUGUAAAUGCAAACUGAAAGGGUGAUUUUUUUAUUUUUUUUUUCUGCUUUAUAAUACAGUUCUGGUUAUUUUUAAGGAGCGCAAUAUUGUGGCAUCUGAUUUCUUUUAUUUUUGAAUGUAUUUGAAAGGGGUGUGCGCUGAGAUGAUUGAAGUCCAGGAGCCUGAAAUAAUAGACGUGUUUUAAAUAUUUCUCAAGUAUUUUCAUUGAGAUAACAAAAUAGUUAAAAAAACACCUUUUAAUUCCAGUUUGUUAUAAAAUGUGUUUAAACAAUUCUUUUUAGGAUAGGCACUGAGUGUGAGCUUCUUCUUUUUUUUCUUUCUUUUUUUUUUUUUUUUUUAAACAGUAUUUUUUUCUGUAUCAUUUUCUCAUUUAUUCAGAGUUCUUCUGGAAAAAAGAAACUGGAAUUUCAGGCAUAAGGCCCAGAACUUAAGAAAAAGAAAAAAAAGAAAGGGGGGCGGGGGGGGGGGGGGGG